GCGGCUCGGGGCGGGCAAGAUGGCGGCAGCGGCGGGUGACGGGUGCGUGUGGGCGACGCGGGACGGCUCGAGUCGCUUCCCGCGGCCGGCCGGGGGCGAAGAGCCGGGGAGGCGGUAGCGAGCGGGGCGAGGCGGGCGCGGGGCCGAUGGGGAGCGGGGUCAGGGGCCCUCGCUCAGCCUGGGGAGGAGGGGGCGGCGGUGCGAGCUGCGGGACCGGCCGGGCUUGGCCGGGGCUGGCAGCGCAAGACGGCCGGUGCGGGGCGGCGGGGCCGGGAGGCGGCCGGUGUGCAGCGGGGGGGGGGGGGGGGGUACGAAGUGGUGCCCGGGUCCGAGGUACCCGUUGGCCUGUUCUCAGCUGCGGGAAACGCGCAGUUCUUGGCGGUGAGAAACUUUAAACGGAGCCUUAUAGCGCGGCUCGCCGCCCGUGCCUCCUCGUGGGCAGCGUUACCGCACGAGCGUUCCUUGGCUGGAAGGAAAACACGAGCAAUGAGAAGCGAGCCGUAGGUCUGCGCGGCUCCGAAGGAAGGAGGCUGGGGGGGGCGGGGGGGGGGGGGUUCGUGUCAGCGCUCGGAAGUCGCUCGCAGCGUUUCUUUUUGAAGUGCUGCGCCGAUCUUUAGGUCUCAGCGUUAGCCUGAGGGCUGCGGGUUCGCUUGGGUCGGCUUUAAAAACAACAGCGACAAAACAAAACAAAAACCCACCCAAAACCGACAGCAGAGCCUGUCUUAAGGAAACCGUGCGUCUGGCUUCAAGGAGCCAAGAGCGCGUUACCCGGACUUGCAGCCGCGAUCGCUGUUUUUCAGCCGUGCGGCAGGUAGGGGACGUGAGGGAGGAAAAGAGAUGAGCCUAAGAGUAAGGUCGAGACAGGGCUCCGUGAGAAUAAACGUCGCGGUCCGUGUGUAUUUGUCGGUGGCGAAUCUUGGGGGCGUGGAGCCGGCCGUGCCCGUGGGCAGGCAGCUCGCUGCUUUCUGGAGCGCUCUGCGGCUGCUGCUCGGGGGGCCGAUCUCUGCGCUGCUGGUCCAUUAAUUCCCCGCUUCUUUGUGUGUGUGCAGAGAGCUGAGCCCGGGGAGAGAAGAAAGCGCGAGGAGCGCUGAAUAACUUUCUGUAGGGAUUUUUGGCAGCGCAGCCUUUACUUGUUUUUACUUCGGCUGCAGAUUUCUACCGGGUGCAUCAGUCAGCACCCAGCUGGCUCAGCCUUUCCUGCGUGACAGCAAGAGGAACACAACGCCUGCAGCUCUGGGUGCCAACUAUGUGUGAGAAAAGUGAAGCUACUUUCCUGUUCAGUUGCUGCUUUUAUACCUGCUUCCCUUCCUCGAUGUCAUGUCAUCAGAUGUUAGGACUGCCCUGAUCAAGCGCAAGGCAGACACCUUUUCUAACUCAAUUAAUCAUUUCUUCUGCGUGUCAGGUCCUUUGGAUUCUAUCCAGAGCAAUCUAAAUCACAUAACAUCUUGCAGCUGGCUUACUCAUCUGCAGAGCACGGAGUCCUGGACCUUGAUGUACAGCCCCGGCAAGGUCCACACUGUGCACACAUUUGUAAUGGCAAAACUUAGGUCUUGGUUGGCAUAACCUGCAUAUUUCACAAGCACUUGUCCUGCUCAAGUGAAGUAACUUUCAUCCGAUGAGUACUGUGCUCGCUGGGAUGGAUGCUGUGUGCUCUUUAAUUUCACCUUUCUAGUCAGUGACAUCGUGGGCACAAACGCUCCAGUUGCAGAUGGAAAUGUCACGGGCAGAAAAUAGUUUGGAUGAUGUAUUUCGCUAGUGUAUCUCUGCAGUUUCAGUUCUAACAAUGGAUAAGUGUAAGCACAUAGGACGCCUGCGACUGGCCCAAGAUCACUCCAUUCUGAAUCCACAGAAAUGGCAUUGCGUGGACUGCAAUACUACCGAGUCAGUGUGGGCAUGCCUCAGCUGCUCGCACGUGGCGUGUGGGAGAUACAUUGAAGAACAUGCACUAAAGCACUUUCAGGAGAACGGUCACCCGGUGGCGUUGGAAGUAAACGAGCUGUAUGUUUUCUGUUAUCUCUGUGAUGAUUAUGUUCUUAAUGAUAAUGCAACUGGUGAUAUAAAACUGUUGCGAAGUACAUUAAGUGCAAUCAAGAGUCAAAAGUAUGAGUGUACUACUCGUAGCGGGAGGACUUUGCGUUCCAUGGGUGCCAGCGAUGAUUCCUACCUUUCACACGAUGGUGCCCAGGCCUUGCUUCGCAAUCAAGACCGCAUGUUCACAGCACUGUGGCACAGAAGGCGCGCGUUCAUGGGCAAAAUAUUCAGGUCGUGGUUCCAGCUGACACCUAGCGGAAAAAAGAUUUUGGAAGAAGAGAAGCGUUUGGAAGAAGAGGAGGAAAGGAGGAACAAAGCUAGAAAGAGAAGGCAGGAACGAAAGCGCCAGUUGAAGGAAGAGAUGGAAAAGAUGCCUCCAAGAAAGAGUUGCCGUUUACAAAACCAGAUGAGAAUGUCCUCACAAACUGCAUCCGUCACGCAAAAGACAUCACAGAGCACGGAAUCCGUGUCGGAGUUGAAAGAAACGUAUACCUCAGAUGAAGUAAGAUUGAAAAAGAUAGGUGACUCUCCAAUUAAACGAAGGCCCACCGUGACUCCAGGGGUAACAGGACUGAGGAACCUGGGAAACACGUGCUAUAUGAAUUCUAUCCUGCAGGUAUUAAGUCACUUACUUAUUUUUCGAGAAUGCUUCUUAAAGCUGGAUCUCAACCAAACUCAGGAACUGCUGGCAACAGCGGCCAGUGGUAAAACCAGGUCUUCAUCCAGGCGCUCGUCAGUAACUGCUUCAACAUUACAGGCGAAUGAGAACCAAGAGAAAGGAAGGGGAUCAUCUUCUGUGAGACGAUCUAAUUUAUCCUCUGGAUUAAGUGGAGGAGCAUCAAAAAGUAGAAAUAUGGAACUCAUUCAGCCCAGGGAGCCCAGUUCAAAGCAUAUUUCUCUUUGUCACGAGCUGCAUACUCUGUUUCAAGUGAUGUGGUCUGGCAAAUGGGCGCUGGUGUCUCCUUUUGCCAUGCUUCAUUCUGUCUGGAGACUAAUUCCAGCCUUCAGAGGAUAUGCCCAACAAGAUGCUCAGGAAUUCCUUUGUGAACUUUUGGAUAAAGUGCAGCAGGAACUGGAGACUACGGGGACCAGAUACCCAGCUCUCAUCCCUGCUGCUCAAAGAAAACUUAUAAAACAGGUUUUGAAUGUGGUGAACAACAUUUUUCAUGGACAGCUAUUAAGUCAGGUUACAUGCCUUGCCUGUGACAAUAAAUCAAACACCAUAGAACCUUUCUGGGACCUGUCACUGGAGUUCCCCGAGAGGUAUCACUGCAAUGGCAAGGAGAUGGCAUCGCAGUAUCCCUGCCCGCUGACUGAAAUGCUGGCCAAGUUUACAGAAACUGAAGCUUUGGAAGGAAAGAUAUAUGCGUGUGAUCAGUGCAACACAAAACGCAGGAAGUUUUCUUCUAAACCAGUUAUACUCACAGAAGCUCAGAAGCAGCUUAUGGUGUGUCGACUACCUCAGGUUCUCCGAUUACACCUGAAGAGGUUUAGGUGGUCAGGACGCAAUCAUCGUGAAAAGAUCGGCGUGCAUGUUAAUUUUGAUCAAAUACUGAACAUGGAGCCUUACUGCUGCAGAGAAUCCCUCAAGUCUCUCCUACCAGACUGCUUUAUCUACGACUUGUCUGCUGUAGUAAUGCAUCAUGGGAAAGGAUUUGGCUCAGGGCACUACACUGCCUACUGCUACAAUUCAGAAGGAGGAUUUUGGGUACACUGCAAUGAUUCAAAACUCAACAUGUGCACUAUGGAAGAAGUAUGCAAGGCUCAAGCCUACAUUUUGUUUUACAGCCAACGACUUUCUCAGGCAAACGGACUUGGUAAAAUAUGUCCUAGCACAUCUGAAAGUCAGCAGCACACAGAGUUAGCUGACUGUUCUGUGGACAACAGUAGCAGCUAAUCCAAAGGCAAUUAACUGUGUGUAUGGUAAAGUUUGAAUUGUCGUAACUAUAUAUUUUUAAAAGAAAUGCAAGUACAGUGUUGUACUUUUUGACUUUGAAUCUGUUGUACAAUGUUUAUAUACUUUUGUAUUAGGUAAAGUGCUCUUUACGAUUGUUAGUGAAAGUUUUUAUUGACAGUAAGUAACUUUCUGAGUACUUAGAAUUUCAAUACAGUUAUUUUUUUAAGAAAAAGAUUGCCAUUUGCAUUUAACUCUUACCUCAGGCUGUUUUUUAAGCUGUUUUUGUAUUUUGAUAAUCUUUUUGGUUUAGAAUAAUGACUUUCAAUGGAAAACUGAUGUUUCUGUGGUUAAUUUUCUAUAUAUGCCUGUGUACAUUUUAUAGUAUAGUUCUAAUGAUAUCACGACUCUUACUCUGCAGGAAUUGCUACUAGGUCUUAGAAUAUUAACAUUCACCAGCAAGGAAUGUUCUACAUGUUGAAUAGUAACUGAACUUUUAAUAAGAAACUUUUUGUAUUCCUGACUAAAGUGAAAUUUGUUUGAACUCUUCUCCCCACACGUUCAAGGGAGCUAUGCUAAAAGUUAUAGAAUCACAGAAUGGCUUGGGGGCGAAAGGACAGUAAAGCUUAUCUAGUUCCAACCCUCUGCCAUGGACAAGGCUGCCACCUACCAGCUCAGGCUGCUCAGGUUCCCAUACAACCUGGCCUUGAAUGCCUCCAGGGAUGAGGUGUCCACAGCUCCUCCGGGUGACCUGCUCUAGUGCCCCACCACCCUCUUCAGUGGAAAUUUUCCCCCUAACUUCUACCCUAAGUUACCUCUCUUUUAGUUUAAAGCCAUUUUCCCUCACCUUGUCACACUGUCUAAAAGGUCGGUCCCCCUCUCCUGCUCGUAAUCACCCUUUGAGUACUCGAAGGCUGCAGUGAGGUCUCCUCAGAGCCUUCUCUUCUCCAGGCUGAACAAGCACAGCUCCUUCAGCCUAUCUUCAUGGCAGAGGUAUUCCAACCCUCUGUACCUACUCCAGCAGUUCCAUAUCCUCUUUGUGCUGGGGGCCCCGCGCCUGGAUGCAGUACUCUAGAUGAGGUUUCAUGAGGGCAGAGUAGAGGGGGUAAAUCCUCUCCCUCUCCCUGCUGGCCACCCCUCUUUUGACGCAGCCCGGGAUACCAGCAGCCUCGUUAAGUCAGAUAGAUAGAUAGACCAUCUACCCCCCCAAGUCCUUCAGGGCUGCUUUCAAGGAGUUGUUCUCCCAGUGUGUACUCAUGUUAGGGAUUGCCCCAGCCCAAGUGCAACACUUGUUGAUCAUCAUUUGGGCCCACUUCUCAAGGUACAUUGAUAUAGAGUUUCUUAAAGUCUGAAAUUAAGGAAACAAAGCACAUACUUAUUUUCAUAUAAGUACCUAAAGAGGAGUGUUCAGUAGCACAAGAAUGUAUGUAUGUAUGUUUACUAAGACUUCCAUGUUUCAGCCUUAACGCAUCCGAUGAUUUAAGAUUCAACUGCCAAAUCCCAAGUACUGAUGUUGAAAACGGAGGCCUUUUUAUUCCAGUAACAUAAGAAGCUUUCUUAACAACCAACACCAAAAACCACACACAGUCACUGUUACGGGGAUGUUAGCAUCUCCUGUCUGACAUGGGACAGGCUUACUUUAUUUAAACUGUAGCAUUUUCCAUUUCAGUAAUCACUAACACAAGCCUUUGAAAAGAAGCUGUAAAAGGUGUCUGACAGCAUUUUGCAUCUGACUGGUUUCCUCAGCUACAACUGCUGUACCUUCGGCAUGGUCCUACCACUAGCAUUAACAGAACUGUGCACGGAGGAGAAUCAGCAGGCCGGAAUUGUCAAGUCUUUCUCCAGCUGCAGCAGUUAAUGCCAAGUAAAUGUUAGUUGUGAAGUUAUUUUUGCAUAAUUCCUAUGCAAAUUGUUACCUCAUCUUCUGCAAAGUUUAUACCUCAAUAAAAUGCCUUGAUGUGGACAGAAAA